AUGGAUCCUGGAAACUGCUCCUCAUUAACUGAAUUUUUUCUCUUGGGAAUCACUGAUAACCCCGAAAUGAAAGUUGUUCUGUUCACUGCAUUUCUAGUUGUUUACCUCAUUAGCCUCCUCACAAAUCUUGGAAUGAUCAUUUUAAUCAGAACAGACUCCCAGCUUCACACUCCAAUGUACUUCUUCCUGAGCCACCUUUCAUUCUCUGAUCUCUGCUAUUCUACAGCAGUUGGACCCAAGAUGCUGGUGGACAUAUUUGCCAAGAACAAAUCAAUUCCCUUCCUUGGUUGUGCUCUGCAAUUCUUCAUUGUCUGUAUCUUCAUAGAUACUGAGUGCAUGCUGCUGGCAGUGAUGGCCUUUGAUAGGUACAAGGCCAUCAGCAGGCCCUUGAGCUAUGCAAUAGACAUGUCCAGCAAGGUGUGCUCCCAACUGCUGGUCGGGGUUUACCUGGUGGGCCUGACAGAUGCUUUGAUACAUACGUCUUUGACAUUCCACUUGUGUUUCUGUGGGUCUAAUGAGAUUAAUCAUUUCUUCUGUGAUAUUCCUCCUGUCCUAUCCAUAUCCUGCUCAGACACACAGGUCAAUGUGUUAGUGAUCUUCACCAUUUUUGGUUUCAUUGAACUGAGUACCAUUUGUGGAGUCCUGGUCUCUUAUGGCUACAUCAUCUCAUCAGUCUUAAAGAUCCGCUCUGCUAAGGGGAGGCUCAAAGCUUUCUCCACCUGUGCCUCCCAUCUAACUGCUGUUUCGAUUUUCCAAGGCACCAUGCUUUUCAUGUAUUUCCGGCCAAGUUCUUCCUACUCUCUAGAUGAAGACAAAAUCACUUCACUGUUUUAUACCCUUUUUAUUCCUAUGUUGAACCCUCUGAUUUAUAGCCUACGUAACAAGGAUGUGAAAGAGGCCCUACAAAAACUGAAAAAUAAAAUUUUGUUUUAG